AUCGUGUUGUGCGCGCGCGCAUCAGGCUGAAUAUCAAGUCAAGGCACGCCCGCCAAGGGGGCCUCAUCACGCCCCCCCCCCCCCAUCCUGCCUGUAGACAUCAAAUGGCUCGCUGGCUAUCACUUGCCCUCCAUCCAUCGACGACCCAGGUCCGACAAAGUCUUUCGAGAUGAACGUUUCCAAGUCAGAUGCCGUCAUCAUCGUGGGCGGGGGAGCCUUUGGCCUGUCCACCGCGCUGCACCUCUCGCGAGCCGGCUUCGACAACGUCACCGUCCUGGAAAAGGACACGCAGAUCCCGCCGCGCUCGUCGGCGGGAAACGACCUCAACAAGAUUGUGCGCGCCGAAUACGAAGAUCCGUUUUACACGGAUCUGACGAUUAAAGCCAUCGCCGCAUGGAAAACCUCCCUGUUCGCCCCUCACUUCCAUCAGACUGGCUUCCUGCACUGCGUGUCUGGGGCUGCACCAGACAAAGCCAGGGACACACUGGACCGCUUCCAGGAGUCUGCCGAGUGCAACUCCGCCAUGCGGUCGCACGUCGUCCGCCUCGACAGCAAGGCCGCCAUCGCGGAGCAUGUCUGGCAGCUGCAGGACGGCGCGCUGCCGGGCUGGCGCGGAUACCUCAACCGCUUCGGCGGGUACGCGCACUCGGCCGAUGCGCUCGUCGCGGUGCAUCGCGAGGCGGCGUGCCGCGGCGUGCGCUUCUUCCUGGGACCGGACGGCGACGUCGCCGACAUUUUGUACGGGGACGGCCCGACGGGGAGAGUCGCUGUCGGAGUGCGCACCGCCAGCGGGCGCGUGCACAAGGCGCGGCUGGUCGUCGUCGCGGCCGGCGCGUCGGUGGCGAGGCUCAUACCGGAGCUGGCGCCCCGCGUGGUGGCCAAGGCGUGGUCCGUCGCGCACGUCCAGCUCACCGACGGCGAGGCGUCCGCGUUGCGCGGGAUGCCCGUAACGUAUGCGCGUGACCUGGGCUUCUUCUUCGAACCGGACCCCAAGACCAAGAUGCUCAAGUUCUGCCCGAUGGGCGCUGGCUACGUCAACACCGACAAGGCGAACGGCGUGUCGCUCCCGCCGCGCUCGUUGGAGGAGAGCGGGUUCAUGCCGGCGGACGACGAGGCCAAUGUGCAUAUGCUGAUAGAGCAGACGUUUCCGUGGCUCAGGGACCGGCCACUCGUCAACAAGGCGAUGUGUUGGAUCGCGGACACGAGCGACUCGGACUACACCAUCGACUACGUUCCCAAGACGGGCUCGUCCGUUAUUGUCAUGACUGGGGACUCUGGCCACGGGUUCAAGAUGUUUCCCAUUGUCGGCUCGUGGGUCAUGGAUCUGCUUGAGGCAGGGGGUGAGCAGCCCGUUGCGCAGUGGAGGUGGAAGAAUGCGGUGCGUGAUGGCGACAGCGGGGACUGGGGAGCCAGUGUCAGCUGGCGUCUCGGCGAGACGAGAGAGUUUCGCGAUGUGCAGCCGUCCCGGCCGAAGCUGUAGAGCGCAACAGCGUGAUCAACAUGACGAUUUCCACAUCUCCUAACAUUAACAUUAAAAUAUACAAGAAUGAGCCCCA